AUGUAUCGCCGACAGGUAGGCGUGUUAAAUUUGGGGAGCAAGUCCGCGCCCUCCGAGGCAUCACUUACGGUCAAUGAUUCUCUGUCAACCCUCACCCAAUGGAUGUUUCCACGAGGAGAACGUCAAACGCCUCAGUCGUCUUCAGCCUCAUCUACCGCCAGCUCUCCAUCCUGGUCCAGCCGGCGCCACCGAGAAAUAGCCGCUGUGGAGACAUCGGAAAAGGAGAGCAGAAACACCAACGUCAAACACCUCACACGACUAUCCCGAUAUUCAGAGUCAUCCGUUCCGGCAAUAGUCGACCACAAUGAUACCUGGGGUCAGUUCGUGGAUACAGCAGAAGCUGAAGAUGAGCUUAUUCGACACAGCAAAGUCCUGUCGAUGCGCCGUACGGCCAGCUGA